UGAUGUUUUUUUAUUUUUAGCACAGAUCGAGUUUCCAGUCCCUCUCGAUUCAGCAGCAACACAACCGACCGGAAAGCUGCAGGGAAGGAGGCUGAGUACGACACACGAGACAAGGAGGAGGAGGAGGAAGAAGAAGAAGAAGAAGAAGAAGAAGAAGAGGAGGAAGAAUUUGCCAAAACUGCCAAGUCAUACUGAUGCUCUGCUGUUGAUCUGAAAGAUGCAGAAACAGAUGCUGCGUCCGAACAAGACUUUGUUCGCUCUCGCUUGUUUUCAGCCACAGACAAGGUGACCUGUGUUUCCUGGAUCUGUCCUGAAGAAAUGACAUCUAAUCUCCUGUUAUAUCCCACCAGAGUGUAAAGUGAUGCCACUGCCAGACGCCGGAGGACGAACUGAAGAACGAGAGGAGCUGAGGCUUCGACUUGAGACCAGAAAUUCAGGAAACUUCCUGCCGCAACAAACCGGCUGUGAAGAAACCGUCGUCUCACCCUGACGUGAAGAAACUUUGGUGUUUUUUUUUUUUUACUUUUUGUCGACUCUAAAGAUGCAGCUUCUUCUCGUCGGUUCCCUCGACUCAACCGUUAGAGACUAAGAUUAAUCCCUUGGACGGCUCAGAAGAUGACGAUGUCCUCCCCCGUCCCCACGCUGACUGUCCUGCCCCCGUCCUCCGACACCGAGUCCUGGUCUCGCUCGCCGAGCCCCAGACCGUCGCGCUCGUCCCGCCUCGGCCGGUCCCACCGAAGCCGGACCCGAACCAAGCGAUGCAGCGAAGACGAGCGCCGGGGGAAAAGCCCACAAAUCGUGACCGAGGACAGACGCCGGAGCCCCUCGCCGUCCGUGUCCCCGUCCCCGUCCUCGUCCCCUUUGGGAGAUCGGGACGGCCCUUCAGGUGACCUCCUCCUGCCCCCGUCUCGCUCCUGGUCUCGUAGCCCGUCGCCGAGCCGGCGCUCCCGCUGGUCCCUGAGGAGCCUCCUCAGCAGAGAGUCCGACUGGGACGGCUGCAGCACGGCCAGUAACUCUCCGCGGAGCACCCCCGGCAGCUCCCCCUCCCUGCGACGGAGGGUCCUGGGGGGAGGCAGGGCCAGCGAGGGUGAGGGGGGAGGAGAGAAGAGUGGUGGUGGUGGUGGUGGUGGAGGAGGAGGAGGUGGUGGAGGAGGAGGUUCAGAUAGUCCACUGCCCUCCAUACCCUCGGCCUCCUCCCUUACGUCGGCCUACCCGCUGGCUUCCCGCCACUUCAGCCGCAAUGCAAAGAAAAUGCAGAGCUGGUACAACGUUCUCAGUCCCACGUACAAACAGCGGAACGAGGAUUUCCGGAAACUCUUUAAGAAGCUUCCAGAGACAGAGCGACUUAUAGUGGACUACUCGUGUGCUCUGCAGAAGGACAUUCUGCUGCAGGGGCGUCUUUACCUGUCUGAGAACUGGCUCUGCUUCUACAGCAACAUCUUCCGCUGGGAAACCACCAUCACUAUCCUGCUGAAAGACGUGACCUCGAUCACCAAGGAGAAGACGGCUAAGCUCAUCCCGAACGCCAUCCAGAUCAGCACCGACAACGAGAAGCAUUUCUUCACCUCCUUCGGAGCGAGGGAUCGCAGCUUCAUGAUGAUUUUCCGUCUGUGGCAGAACGCUCUGUUGGACAAGUCCCUAUCGCCCAAAGAGCUGUGGCACAUCGUACACCAGUGUUACGGCACCGAGCUGGGCCUCACGAGUGAAGACGACGACUACGUCUCGCCCACCGCUGAACACAUGAACGGCCUGCUUCCAGGAGAGGAGUCGGUGUCGGUCACUGAUCUACUGGACCUGAGCUCGGUGUCGGUUCCCUCCGUGGGCGGCUCGCCUCCUGCCCUGGUGCCCUGCGGUCCAGCCACUUCUUCCUCCGCCACCAGCCUCUGUGGAUCCUCCCCGCCGUCCUCCACCGCUUCCUGUCAGCCCAUAGAGGUGCCUUCCUCGUCGGGGCGCCGGCUCAGCUCCGACCCUCUUGAACCCAGCCCGCCCAGCUCUCACGGCUCGCUGCCGUCCACCACCCCAACCAACGCCUCUGCCCCGGCCUCUGCUGCUGCCUCCUUUAAUCUGGAAGAGGGCGGCGACGGCUUGUCUGACUCAGCCAAUCACAUGCUGCCUCAACCAACCACCAGUCUGGGAAACCUCUCCUCAUUGGACAUCACCAACGACGAGGAGCUGCCCACGGAUCCCAGCAACUCCUCAGACACACAAGAAGAAAGUGAAGUGGAGUCGUUCUGCACUAACCUCAGCGGCCGGCUACAUAUCAACACCGUGGUCCGCAUGAGCGUGGACAAGCUGCACGACCUGCUCUUCUCUGCAGACACACACUUCAUCCAGCAUCUCUUCUCCCAGAGGCACUUUACUGACUUGUCGGUGGGUGAGUGGCAGCAGGACGGCGGCAGUGGCAGCACCAGCCGUGUGCUGAGCUACACCAUCGCCCUCAACAACCCCCUGGGCCCCAAGACCGCCCCAGUGGUGGAGACGCAGACGCUGCAUAAAAGCAGCGCCCGGGGCGAGUGCUUGGUGGUGGACUCGGAGGUCAUCACCUCCGGCAUCCCCUACCAGGACUACUUCUACACGGUCCACAGAUACUGCCUCACCUCCAUCAACAAACACAAGAGCCGGCUCAGAGUUUCCUCAGACAUCUGCUACAGGAAGCAGCCGUGGAGUCUGGUCAAAGCUCUGAUCGAGAAGAACACGUGGAGCGGCAUCGACGAGUAUUACAGACACAUGGAGAGCGAGGUGAACAAGCUGGAGACGCUGCUGCAGUCGGAGGUUUCCGUGGUUACCACGGGCGACGCGGUCGGCGCCGACGCCACCAAGACGCCGCCGGCCCUUCGCCGCAGGAAACGCACCUGCUCGCGGCGGCAGGGCGAGAGGGAGCGGGAGCGGGAGGGAGGAGGCGUCGGCCCGGGAGACCGAGGAGACCGAGGGGUCGGGGAGGACAGGGACCGGCGAGAAGCCAAUGCUCCGUAUCUGAAACUGGGGGAACGUUCACGUGGAGGAGGACACAACAGUAUAUCCACCAUCCUCCUCAUCGUCAGCUUCAUGAUCUGUAUCAGCCUUGUGGUGCUGGUGGCUCUCAACAUGCUGCUGUUCUACAAGCUGUACGCUCUGGAAAGGGCGGCUCAUACACUGGAGACGUGGCACUCGUACUCUGUUGCUGACAGCCCUUUGCCCCAGACGGCUGGAGAGUGGGCUCAGGUCUUGCAGCUGCAGAGGCAGUUUCAUCAGGCUCAGCUCAGUAAGUGGCAGCAGAUCCUCCAGUCCUCCGUCACCCUCCUGGACCAGAUGAAGCAGUCCUUAGAGAAGCUCCAUCGGGGCAUCGUGGUCUCGGAGGUGCAGCAGGAUUCGUCUGCAGACCCCCUCACAGAGUCCCUGACUGAGGCCUGAGCCCGGCUUCAUCCGGCCUACACCCCCCUCCCUGCCGACUAUCCCCCGUCCUCUGGACACCCCCCACCCCGUCCACUGGUGGACUGGCUCAGCCGAUCGAUAUGCUGUCUAAUCUCAUGUCUCAUAAUCAGAAACCAGUUGAGAGCGGUCCAGGCUCUCCUCUCUUCUCCUGACUGACUUGAAGUUUCCUCAACCACUCGACAACUUUCAGGACCACAGCAAUAACUGACCCUCACCUGUAAAUAGAGUAUGAAGAGGCCACUGGUGGCCCCGACUCCAACCACGGCCAGAGUCUAUUUCACUCACAACUUCUUCUUUUUUUUUAAUUUUUUAAUUUUUUUUUUU